CUCUCUCUCUCAUCGUCCACAAUGACUUGGUGUUUUCUAUACUCUAUUAUUUGUCGCUUUUUGAAACCGCUUUCCCUUCUUUAUAGUCAAAUCAUGUACAUACACGAACGGACUAACUGUAUACACCACCUCAACUCAAAAAGCUACAAACACCCCAUCGCGCGUUCAGACGCGGUGGCAAACACUUUAAUCAUUACAUAUAUAUAA